AUGAGUGUAACAUUUGAUUUACUUUUGCUACUUGUGCUCGGAUCCUGCCUGAUAACCCUCUUCAGUUUUCUUGUUAUAACAACCCGGGGUCUUGAUGAUCUCAUUAGUCUGUUCAGACGACCACCUUCGCCAAUACUAAACCUUACUCAAAAGUAUUCUUCCAGUUGUAGUGGCAGCGGGGCCAUUAUUUGUGACAUGUGUGGUGGUACAGGAAAAUGGAAGGCACUCAACCGCAAACGAGCAAAAGAUGUCUACGAGUUCACCGAGUGUCCAAAUUGUUAUGGUCGAGGGAAACUCGUGUGCCCUAUUUAUUUGGGAACUGGCUUACCCAACAAUAAGGGUCUACUUCGUAGACCUGAUGCCCGCAACUUGCUUAAUAAGAUGUAUAAUGGCAAGUUGUUACCCAAUUCUUGAAAUGUUUUAUCUUUUUUCUCCAUGAAUUCUAUAACAAAAGAAAAUCAUGAUGCACUGAUUUCCCCACUUUUUGACUGACUCGUAAAAAUGGAUUUCAUGCAUGUAUUAAAGAUUGGAUUCGGUGUAUAUGUAUUUUCUAUUGGGAUGUGAUAUCUAAGAGAAAAUGAGUUUCCAAAUGAAGUCAA